CCCGAUUAUAGAUACUGCGAACUUUCCACACAGCGCCAUGUCCGAGUCGCGAUUAUACUCCUUCUCCCCGGAGACCAGAGAAAAGCUUCGCAAGUUUCGCCUGGGGACCUCGCGAGCCAAGGAUGCGCAAGCCCUCAUAUGUACGCUCCGUCCGUCCCUUUGAUCCCAGCCCGAGUUCCGUGUCGCGCGUGACAAUGUCCAUCAUGUCCAUCCAAUGGCGUGCAGCCGAACAGAGCAGUCCAAGUCCAAGAAUUGACGACCGAUCCGACAGACAUCAUCGACUCCAAGAACCACGAGAUCCGCCCGGAAGAUGAACAGGUCUACAGCAAGAUGGAGGACUUGGCCGACGAACUGCCCGAAUCGUCGCCGCGGUUCAUCCUGUUGAGCUACCCGUUGACUUUGGGAUCCGGCCGCUUGACUGUCCCGUAUGUCCUCCUCUACUGGCUCCCCGAAAACUGCAACCCCACCUCGCGCAUGACGUAUGCGGGCGCGGUCGAGCUGAUGCGCUCCACGGCGGAGGUCAACCGCGUGAUCGAGGUCCACGAGGAGGACGAUAUCACUUCGAUAGAGUCGAAGUUGCAGGGCGCGGAUUGAGAGCAGGUCACAUCAUAGUUAAUGGAUGCGUUUUAUAAGGGGCGGCGUUGUGUAUUUGGCCGGUUUUUGACAGUGGACCCAGAUCGAUAGAAACAUCGCAACCUGUUUUAUGUAUAGUCACUCCCACGUUGGUUAGGAUAUCUGUCAGAAUACCCAGCUUUGGAUGUCCUAUCUUAGUCCAGAGACAUCUUGGUGCUCAGGGGUCUCGACUUAUCGAUAAGGACUAAGGAGUGAGCUUCCUACCUGAAGCGAUCAUGGACGGAGCGACGGGUAAACCUCAAGGAGAACGGGGCAACACGUUACAAAAAGG